AUGUCAUAUAAUUUCAAAUAUCUGCCUGUUUAUAAGACAGUUACUAAAGAUGAAGCAAAAAAUUUGGCAUUAUCUACAAUUAAUCAAGAUUCAAAGUCAUGGCUUUGUGAAAAGCAGAAAAGAAUAACAAGUAGUGUAUGUUAUGAAAUAUUUACAUACUCUAAAAACAAAAGUCCCGACUGGAGUACCAAAAUAAAUAGGCUUCUUAAUUCUGAUUUUAGAGGCAACCUGGCUACUUUUUAUGGUUUGAAAUUUGAAGAUGCAGCAAGAAAUGCAUACAUAAAAAGCUGUGGUGAUUCAGUAAGCAAAUGUGGACUAAUUGUACACCCAGAAGCUCCUUUUUUUGGUUAUAGCCCUGAUGGAAUAAUUUUCUGCAAAAAUGGAGAUGUUAAGAUACUUGAGAUAAAAUGUCCCAUUCAAGGAAGCCAAAAACCUGCUUUAGAAAUCAUUCAUGAUCUGAAUUAUUUAACAGCUUGAUAAACAAAAUAUGCACUAAAGAAAAAACACAAAUUUUAUGGCCAAGUGCAGCUUGGCAUGUACUUAACUGGUAUCAACAUAUGCGAUUUUAUUAUAUUCUCAUCUUUUGAUAACAGUUUCGUAAAAAUAAUUGUAGAGAAAGAUAUUGAUUUCAUAAAAAAUAUGAUAUCUAUCCUACAUGUUUCAUAUUUUGACCACAUAUUGCCAAUAAUUGUCCAACAUUUUCAAAAUAUGCAUUAAAGCAUUAGCUUAUUUACCAAAAGAUGAAAGGGAAAUAGGUCUACCGGAGAACCCGCCCAGAAAGGGGUAACGCACCUGUUGGUUUCGUAUAGCAAGUGUUAUCGUGUACUGUGAAAGUGGAAUUUAUGGAAAAGGCGAGUGUAAACAAGAAAGACAAUACAAACUGUUGUGUACCUCAGUGUGCUUCAAAAGGUUCUAAAAACCCAGAAUUAAGUUUCCAUAAAUUUCCGAAUGCAAAGAGUAGACUAAGAAAGCUUUGCUUUGGAUCUAAUGUUCUCAUUAGCCGAAGAGACGAAUGGAUAAGGGUGCUUCGUAUUGGAAAAUCUGUUUCAUCACGAAUGUGUGUAUGUUCCAAGCACUUUACACCAAGUGAUUAUAAUUUGCUACCUAAUAUGUCACAAAGACCACGAUUAAAACCGUCAGCAGUACCAAGUUUUUUUUUGCCCGUUUUGUCAACAGAAACAGUUGAAAAAAAUUUAUUGAAACACGAAAAGGCUGUGAGAAGACAAACUCGCUAUGAGGAAAUUAAAAGGUAUGUGUGUGUAUAAUAUACAUACGAUAAUAUACAAAUUGUUAAAGACGCAGUUCUUGAUUUCUUCUUGACUUUGCAGUUAUUGCGCAAGUAUUAGAAAAACUUGUUUUUGAUUUCAAUGAAUUUUAGUUCAGUAAAUUUAUAUAUAUAUAUAUAAAAUAUUAUUACGACUUUGAUUUUUUGUCUGUUGUAAUCUUGCAUGAUCAGACAUAUACAAUAAACUUAUGAUUAUAAUAGCUUUCAAUUCAUAUUUGUGUUUUAUGUUAGAGUUAAUUAAAACUAAUUUUGCAGUUGUCAUUCUUUUAAUGUUCAGCUGACUGCAACUUUAUUCAUUCUAACGGGUAUAAUCCAGUUCAGUGAUGUCAAACGUACAAUGCAAGAAUCCAUUCUAGGUGACUUGCAUCAUGCAAUUCCAGAAUCGUUGAUAGAGACAAAAAAUUGCAUUAUCCAAAAAUGUUUCUCUCUUGCAAUAGUUUUGUCAUUGUCAACAUGGGCUGCACUUACCCCAGGUAUAUUCUUGGCAGAAGGAUGAUUCUAUAUGUGAUGCGGUACCAGAUUUAAGGUACGGUUUUUCGAAUUUUAGCUAAAUUUUAGUUUUAUUUAUAUAUUAUAAAUUGUGAAGUAUAAAAUGCAAAAAUAGCUUCAUAGCAGCAAUAUCACUUUGGUUUAAUUGCACACUAACCUUUAAUCUGAGAUAAAUUAAAGUGAGCAAAUAUUUAAGUAUCCCAAUUUGGAUUGUUCUUAUAGUAAUUGAUAUUUGAAUAUUAUGUUAAUAUUCAGGCCCACCAACAAUCAAGUGAUUAUCGUUGGUAGCUGGGCUGUCUGUAUGGGGUUUUUUGUCAUGUAGAAUAUAAUAACAUAAAGUUUAUUUUUUAUUAAUAAUAGUAAUUAAUAUAAAGUUUUUUAUUGUUUAAUUAUAUACGUACAAUA